GCUCUUCUCAAUUGGAUGCACAGCCUCGCGUAGGCGGGCUGCCUGUUUCUCGGCGCGCUGAUUGGGUCAGCCCUCUCUGCCCAGCGGAGGGAAGGUGCUUGGGGGCAAGCAGACGAGGGGAUCGGCUGUCUUCUCGGCCGAGCUAAGGAGGAACACAUGUGGGCCCUUCGCUCGCUCCUGCAGUCUGUGGGCAGGCGCGCCAUGUUUGAAGGACCCGCCCGCCGCCAGCGGCCGCCCAAGGACCCGCUGCGACACCUGCGCACGCGGGAGAAGCGUGGCGCGUCCUCCGGGACUAGGAGCCCGAACACCGUGUACCUGCAGGUAGUGGCGGCCGGCGACCGGGAUUCAGGCGCCGCGCUCUACGUCUUCUCGGAGUACAACCGGUAUCUCUUCAACUGCGGAGAAGGCAUCCAGCGACUCAUGCAAGAACACAAACUGAAGGUUGCCCGCUUGGACAACAUAUUCCUGACGCGAAUGCACUGGUGUAAUGUUGGGGGAUUGUGUGGAAUGAUUCUUACUUUAAAAGAAACUGGAGUUCCAAAGUGUGUACUUUCUGGACCUCCACAAUUGGAAAAGUACUUGGAAGCAAUCAAAAUAUUUUCUGGGCCAUUGAAAGGAAUAGACCUGGCUGUGCGGCCCCACUCAGCACCAGAAUACAAAGAUGAGACCAUGACAGUUCACCAGGUCCCCAUAUACAGUGAACGGGGGCAUGGAAAGCACCAGCCAUCGCAGAGCCCGGAAAGGUCUCUUCACAGGCUGAGUCCAAAACAGCCUUCUGACUCUGGAUCAGCUGAAAAUGAGCAGCACUUUCGAGAUGCCAAUGGUAUAAACAAACCCUGCUGGAAAGGUGUUAGCCCGAAAAGACGUGGCAAGGACCCUUCCUUGGUUGUUGCUUUUGUAUGUAAGCUUCACUUGAAGAAAGGAAACUUCUUGGUGCUCAAAGCGAAGGAACUGGGCCUCCCAGUUGGGACACCUGCCAUCGCGCCCAUCAUCGCCACAGUCAAGGAUGGGAAGAGUAUCACAUACGAAGGAAGAGAGAUUUUGGCUGAAGAGCUCUGCACACCCCCGGAUCCUGGUCAUGCAUUUAUUGUGGUCGAAUGCCCAGAUGAAGGAUUCAUCCAGCCCAUUUGUGACAAUGCCACCUUUAAGAGGUACCAAGGAGAGACUAAUGGUCCUGUGACCAUGGUAGUUCACAUGGCCCCAGAAUCUGUGCUUAUGGACACCAGGUACCAGCAGUGGAUGGAAAGGUUUGGGCCUGACACCCAGCACUUGAUCCUGAAUGAGAACUGUGCAUCAGUCCACAACCUUCGCAGCCACAAGAUUCAAACGCAGCUCAACCUCAUCCACCCAGACAUCUUCCCCUUGCUCACCAGUUUCCACAGGAAGGAGGAACACCUGGCCCUCAGUGUGCCCACUGUCCGGGGUGAAUGCCUCCUCAAGUACCAGCUCCGUCCCAGGAGGGAGUGGCAGAGGGAUGCCAUUGUUACAUGUAACCCUAAUGAAUUCAUAGCUGAGGCCCAGGAGUGCCCCAAUUUCCAGGAGAGUGUGCAGGAAUAUAGGAAGAGCGUACAGGAUGGCCCAGGGCCCACAGAGAAAAAAAGCCAGUAUCCAGAAAUCGUCUUCCUUGGAACAGGGUCUGCCAUCCCUAUGAAGAUUCGGAAUGUCAGCGCCACACUCAUCAACAUAAGCCCUGACAAGUCUCUGCUCCUGGACUGUGGUGAAGGCACAUUUGGGCAGCUGUGCCGUCAUUAUGGAGAUCAAGUGGACAGGGUUCUGGGCACCCUUGCUGCUGUGUUUGUAUCCCAUCUCCACGCAGACCACCACACAGGUUUGCUGAAUAUUCUGCUGCAGAGAGAGCGUGCUUUGGCAUCUCUGGGAAAGCCGUUCCACCCUUUGCUGGUGGUAGCCCCCACCCAGCUCAGGCCAUGGCUGGAGCAAUACCACAACCAUUGUCAGGAGGUUCUGCACCACGUCUGUAUGAUUCCUGCCAAAUACCUUCAGAAAAAGGUGGAGGUCUCUGAUCCUACUAUUGAAAGUCUCAUCAGUUCACUGUUGGAAAUAUGUGACUUGAAAGAGUUUCAGACCUGCCUGGUCCGGCACUGUAAGCAUGCUUUCGGCUGUGCACUGGUGCACACGUCUGGCUGGAAAGUGGUCUUCUCGGGGGACACCAUGCCCUGUGAGGCUCUGGUCCAAAUGGGGAAAGAUGCCACCCUCCUGAUCCAUGAAGCCACUCUGGAGGAUGGCUUGGAGGAGGAAGCAGUGGAGAAGACACACAGCACCACCUCCCAAGCUAUUGGCGUGGGAAUGCGCAUGAAUUCUGGCUUCAUCAUGCUGAACCACUUCAGCCAGCGGUACGCCAAGAUCCCCCUCUUCAGCCCUGACUUCAAUGACAGAGUUGGAAUCGCCUUCGACCACAUGAAGGUCUGCUUUGGAGACUUUCCAACGAUGCCCAAGCUGAUUGCCCCCUUGAAGGCCCUGUUUGCUGAGGACAUUGAGGAGAUGGUGGAGCGGAAGGAGAAGCGAGAGCUUCGGCUGGUGCGUGCGGCCCUCCUCUCUCAGCAAGCAGCUGGCAGCCCAAAAGACAGGGAGCCUCUGCAGAAGCGGGCCCAAGUGGAGGAGCCGCACAGCCCACAGAGCAAGAAGGCCAGAGCCUAGUGAAGGUCUGGACCCACCCUGAACUCUGAAGGCUGUGUCUUCUGCACUCCACCCACAUCUGUGCUCCUCAUCCUCAUGGGAGCCAGAGAACAUGAUCCAGCCAGGAGGCCACUCGUGAUAGGAGUGUAGAGCCAUGUUGUGUCCUGGAUUCUGGUAAGCACCAGACUUCAGACACUUCCCAUGACUGGUGCCUGGCACUGGGCAAGACAGAAGGCUGCUUAACAGAAAAAGGCAGAUAGAACCAUAAUUCCAAUGCAAGUCAGUUCUUAGUCACAUGGAAACACAGGGGAGGCACCUUUUGCCUGCUCCAGCAAAGUGGUUUCCUCUGCACCUCAGAGAUAAGCCAAGUUACAGGGAAUGUUGGGUCUAAGUGUCCCAGACUCAAAGACUAGUAUUUCCAAAGAAUCAGCUGCAAUAAAGAUUGAGUUUGGAA